AUGAGCAGAAUAAUCCCCGCGUGUGUAAUAGCCAUUUCGUUCCUCCUGUCAAACAUAAAAUGUUUUACGACAGGCGUCUACGGCGGAAGUGGCCUUCAUAACUGUUCCACCGUCUUCUGUUCUUACGAUAAAUUAUCAAAUAUUUAUGACAAUUCUAAAUUUAUCUUGGCGGAGCUGGAAAGCAUUUUGUACGAUGUGCGGGAUGAGAAAAAUGCACAUCAGUCAGAACAAGAGCAUGAUAAAUCGCUAAAUCUUGAAAUAAAAUUUCCUAAUAGUAAAGAUCAAGAGGAUUUGUCAUACUUAUAUCCGGACGAGGAAUAUGAAAAUGAAAGCAACUUUGGUGAACCCGUUCCAUACAUCAUCAUUAGCAGGAUGGACGAUGACGACUUCGAAAAGUCCAUACUAAAUAAAUCCCCGCGACGGAUAGAAGACUCGGAAAAUAGGGAACUGACGAACGAAGAACAGAUAGAUAUGGCUCUCUCAAGAAUAAGUGACCUUGAAGAACAACAGAAGCGCUUUUCGGAGGAGAAGAGGAAAUUCAAUUUGAAGAAAUACCUACGAUGA